UUGUUGUUUGAUAUUUAGUUUGUUUUUUGUAAAUAGCGCGAGAUAAGAAAAAAAACGUGCGCGCAAUGAAAGUAUCCCAUUAACAACCUCGGAUGCAUACGUAUUUAUCUGUUUAUGUACCUUAUGUACAUACAAACAUGUGUUAUUUUCUGUUGCAAACACGAGAAUCAGUGCAAUUGAUAAAUUCGGCAUAAAAUGCGCUUAGUUUUACGCAUUUUCAACGGUGCAACAGACCCUUUAAAUAUAUUGAAGCAUAAAUAUGUGACAAUGAAAAAUUAUUGCAGCAGCCAAGAAGCAAAAAUCAUCGAUGGUAAAGACAUAGCCAAUAAAAUUAAAGACGAGCUCAAAGAACAGAUUUCCCAAUAUGUUGCUCAAGGAAAUCGUUCACCUACACUUACAGCGAUCCUGGUUGGUAGCGAUCCUGCUAGUCAGACAUAUGUGAAAAAUAAGAUGAUAGCUGCCAAAUAUGUCGGCAUCGUUAGCAACACAAUCGAACUGCCCGAAAGUACAACCCAAGAUGAACUUUUAAAUAGUAUUAAGAAGCUAAAUAUGGAUACAGGUGUUGAUGGCAUACUUGUUCAAUUACCUGUACCGAAUCAUAUAGAUGAGCGUACGAUAUGCAACGCAGUAGCGCCAUCCAAGGACGUUGACGGCUUCAAUGAGGUAAAUGUGGGACGUUUAGCGCUUGACAUGAAAACCAUUGUACCAGCCACACCGUUAGGAGUAUACGAAUUACUCCGUCGUACAGAAAUCUCCACUUUUGGCAAGAAUGUAGUGGUGAUUGGAAGGUCUAAGAAUGUUGGCAUGCCAACAGCAAUGCUCUUACACACAGAUGGUAAUCACGAGUCGAGAGGCUUGGACGCCACUGUAACCAUUUGCCAUCGCAAUACUCCACCCGAACAGCUGAGGAGACACUGUAAAUAUGCUGAUAUAAUUAUAACGGCCGUUGGCAAACCAGGACUCGUGCAGCGUGAUAUGGUUAAACCCGGUGCAUGCAUUAUAGAUAUUGGUAUUACUCGCGUAGCUGCAAAAGAGCCAGGUAAAACCAAACUUGUCGGAGAUGUUGAUUUUGAAGAGGUACGUAAAGUGGCGGGCCACAUAACACCGGUACCGGGCGGUGUUGGACCAAUGACAGUGGCAAUGCUAAUGAGUAACACGUUCAUGGUUGCCAAGACACUGGCAAAAGCAAGACAAGUCAAUAAUUGUAAUGGCACCAACUAAUUUAUUUGAUAUAAAUCUUUUAUCUAUUUAAUAUUGUACAUUUUACUAUCUAGUAUUUUUCUUUUUUCGUUCAAAUAUUUUAUGC